AACCACGAUGACUACAGUGAGCCUGACAGCCCCCAGUCCAGUCUGUCUGCAGGUUAUUUCAGCGGAGAAGCAGCCGUCACGGACAGCUACUCAAUAGACGCUUUCUUCAUCACAGAUGGACGCUCGAGAAGAGGUGUCGAGAGUCGCGGAAACCAGCGUCACACAUGCAGUGAGUGUGGUAAAACCUAUGCCACCUCUUCCAACCUCAGCCGGCACAAGCAAACCCAUCGACACAAUCUGAAACAUAAGUGCGAUGUGUGCGGCAAGGCCUUCAGCCGCCCAUGGCUCCUACAAGGCCACAUGCGCUCCCACACUGGCGAGAAACCUUUUGGCUGUGCCCACUGUGGGAAAGCCUUCGCAGACCGAUCCAACCUUCGCGCGCACAUGCAGACACACUCGGCCUUUAAACACUAUAAGUGCAAACGCUGCGAGAAGACCUUCGCUCUCAAGUCAUAUCUUAACAAACAUUACGAGUCAGCUUGUUUCAAGGGCUCGGAUCAUGAGUGCGCCCUACAGAGUUAA